CGUGCAUGUUGAUAGCAACUAUCGAUAUUCACUUAAAUGAAAGGCAUGAGCACUACGCGUACAGUUUUCUUGUGACUGCUUGUUUUAAUACGGAUCCUUAAAUUAACUGAGUUGUUUUGUUCUACCGUCUGAGGCAGUGGUAAACGAGGCACCACAAUGGCUUCAACGAGUGACGGGAGACGGAAAGGGAAGAGGAAAUCAACCAGUCAAGACAUGGAUAAAGACGUUGUCAAGAAGAAGAAACCAGUCUACUCUGGCUUCAAACAGCCGACUCUUAUUGAACAACUGAAGUAUAUCCUAGCAGAAUAUCCAGAUGGAGGACAAAUAUUGAAGGAACUGAUACAAAACGCCGAAGAUGCAGGGGCAAGAACGAUGGGCAUACUUCUGGACGAGAGAAGACUUAACAGGACGGACGAAACAAGUCCUGCACAAUACAAGAAAUUCUUUCAGGCUCCUGCCCUUUGUGUUCACAACGAUGCCGAAUUUACUGAACAAGAUUGGCAAGGAAUCACAAUGCUAUAUAACAGUGUAAAGAAGUCUGACAAACUGAAAGUUGGACGUUUCGGACUUGGGUUCAAGUCGGUUUUUCAUUUGACAGAUAAUCCUUGCAUAAUCAGUGGGGAACGCAUGCUGUUAAUGGACCCGCUUAAACCGGCAGGUUUCGAAACGGUGAUCAUGGAUAUAGGAGAUCUCGACGAAAUAGAAGGGUUUGCUACAAACGAUUUAAUACAAGCGCUUAAUGGUAAAUUUGGCUUCAAUCAAGAAACACUGUCAUCCGGUUAUUUCAGAGGAACGCUGUUCUGGUUUCCUCUCCGCGAAAUUCCGACUCCGCUAUCAGACAACUUGUACACGGUGGACAAGGUAAUGAAUUUAUUCAGGGCGUUUCAACAGGAUUCAUCUAGCAUCCUCCUUUUCUUGAAAAGUCUUUCAGAGGUAACAUUGUUUAAGGAUCAGUCCCAACCGCCAGAGAGAAAAGUGUAUGCAAAGGUUAAAAUAGCGGCCUCUGGAGUAAAAUGCUUGGCACAGAGAGCUACAUUUGCAGACAAUAUAAGAAAUAUGACACCUGAAAGCGCCGACAUUUUUUCCUGUUUGGAAAUCCCCAUUGAAUGCUUUUUUGACGGAAAUAGGAGUACAAAUGCAACUUGGCUUGUUGUCAAUUACGUUGUUAGUAAAUCGGCUUCGAAUGAACUUAAAAUACUCAUGAACGAUAAAAGCAUUGGUCUAAGUCCAUACGUCGGCGUUGCUGCUCCUAUGACCACAAAUACUCAGUUCAAUGGUCAUAUAUUCUGUUUCCUGCCUCUUCCGAAAGAAGGCUCGAAACUAACAGGAUUGCCGUUCCAUGUAAACGGUUUCUUCGCCCUUAGCUCCAAUCGACACCACUUAAAAUGGGAAACUGAAGAAGAUAAAGAUCAACAGCAGUACGAUAAGAAUGUCCAUUGGAAUCACCUUAUGGCAUCAGAAGUACUGCCGCGAGCUUACGGAUUAAUGUACAAUGCUGCUGUCAGUAGAAGUAAUACUUCUGGAAAUUCAGAGGAGGAUGUCAAAAGGGUGUAUGGCCUUGUACCAGAUCUUGACAAUGUUAAUGAAAAUUGGAAAAGUUUAGCGGCAAAUGGCAUAAAAGUGAUGCAAACCGAAUAUACUGUUUUCGCAAAUGAUGUUGGGGAAUGGAAUAUGUGCCAGAAAUGCGUAUUUGGAACAGCUGGAACGUUUGACUCAGAAGAAAUAAAACAGUCAAUAAGAAUAUGUUUGAAACGGAUAGGAAAGUCUUAUGUUGAACUUGAUGACAUAACAUUGAACACUUUACGGACGGUCUUUUCUACGCAAGUAGUUUGCCUCUCGCCAACUCUGAUUGCAAAAUUUCUACGUGAAUCGAACGCAUACAAAUGUCUCGCCAAUGACACAAAAAUGGACGUUUUCGUUUAUAUCACAGCAGAUGAACAAUUUGAUCUACUGCAAGGACUGGAACUAUUGUCCCUUGCAAAUGAUAAAUGGGUCAGCUUUGAAAAGGACGGACAUACCAAGUACAUUACAUCUGCGGAAGUGAUUGAGAUUUUUCCAGAUUUUAAAGACCGUUUCGUUAUGGCAACUCUAUCAUCGAAAAGCGCCAAAGCAUGCCAGUCUAUAAUUGAUGAAGCAGCAAAGAGUACGUUCCCGUCCCAAAUAUCGGAGAAGCGAAACGAUGGCUACGCCAAGCGAAAACGGACUUUCACGUCGCGUGUGGUAUGCUUGCCAAUCCCGAAGAGGGAUUCAAAGGGUUUAACUGGAUUUGCUAUCAAUUACACCAGGCAUGUGAAAAGGCGCUUAAAGCUGCCAGAUUCUCCAGAGAUGCCAAUCAAUGUCCGCGAAGUUCACAUAAUCUAUGCAGCAUUGCAGAUGGAGUUGAGGGUGAUAACAUUAAAGAAAAGGUAAGAGUGUUCGAAUCACGCCUUAACAUAUCGGACAGGCAGUACUUCAGACUUCGGUAUCCAGAUGCCGUUGAAAUGGACAAGCUGCCUUCUGACGUAUUUAGUUCAGACGAUGCCGCAUUUGCAAAGGAAACUGC